AUGAGGGAGGCGGCUUCUGAGCCUCCCCAGCAUGGCCGUGACGAUGGUCUGUUAGUAACUGGCAGCAAAGAGCUGCAGGGAACGCUGGUGUCAUCUAGAGAAGGGUCUUGUGGCAGCCAAAAUGGCACGAGCCGUGUUGAGAGCCCCUCUUUGUGCCGGCUGUCAGCAUCGCCGUCUGGCUCUGUAGACCAGUCCCCUAGCAGAACAAGCCCGGAAACAUCCCCCCCUCUUAAGAAGCCAAAAUAUAGUCAGAAGGAAAGAGAGGCAAUCUGCCAGGCUGCGUGGCAGAAGAGGAAGGAGCGAGAAGCACAGAGGAGGCAGAAUGAGCUGGAGAAAGAGAAGAAGAGGGCCAUUGCCAAGAUGCUGAAAGCUCAGCGACCAGGAGAGUGCCAGAAAUACAUAACAGUGGUGCUAGAUUCAGUUCUCUUACAGGUAGAAGGUGGCGGACAGAUCCUUAGUGCUUUACAGGCUGCAAAUUACUCCUGUGUGGUUGAGAGUCAGGCUGUUCCUUGCAGCAUCACCUGGAGGAGAAAGACUGUGUCACCUCAGAUUGAAGGAAGAGAUGAAUGGACAGAAGAACCAAAUGUUCUGCUUCUGCUUUGCUUGGAGGAGUUUUUGUCCAUGGUUCACAACUACAAACAGGAAGCUGAGGGCCAUUUGGAAGGACAGGAAACCCUACAGAGCUAUGUAGCUCAAGUGAUGGAGAAAAUGCCUGGGAAAAUUCUGGCACUGGCAGGAGUUGGAGUAGAAAAUUAUUUCAGAGCAUGUACUCCCAGUCUUACUCUUGGGUCUCUCAGGGUUCGGUCAAAGAAGAGACUGCAACAGGCAGCAGCGAGUGGAAACCAAGAACAGAAACAGGGAAAACGGAGAAAAAAGAAAAUUACGGAUUCUGGCCUGGAGAUAACCAGAAUGGACGUGGAAGAAGCUUUGGUGGAUCUGCAGCUGUGCAAACAAGUCCAAGUCAGCUUUUUUGACACCUGGGAAGAACUUGGAGAGUUUGCUACGAUGUUCACAAAAGCUGUAGCUGAAGCACCGUUCAAGCGAGAGCGAGAGAAGACGGAGUUCCCCUUCUACUUAGAGAAGAAGUGGUGUGGAGGGGUGAAGGUGGAUCCUUCUGGAAAGGGUCUCUUGGAAGUCUGGAAGAGGCAGAUACAACAAUUUAACCGGGUCAGCCGCGAGAUGGCUGAGGCUGUUGUGUCUGUCUACCCUUCUCCUCAGCUUCUGAAGCAGGCCUACAGCAGAUCCUCCUCGGAGGAGGAGCGGGAAAACCUGCUGGCUAAUAUCCCUGUGCGCCGCGGUGACGGUGUGACAGCCACCGUCCGGCGGAUCGGACCGGAUCUCUCACGGCGCAUCUAUCUGCAGAUGACUUCCUGCAAUCCUGAUCUCUACUUGGAUUUCACUGGGUAG